GUGAUGCUUACUGAGAACCGAUAAAAAAUCGAUGCUUGUUGCCUUUAUAUCAGGGUGAGUCGGUCUGCUUGCAUCUCGCAAGCUCAACAUGUCAAUUGCACUUCCACCCACGAUUUCUUCACCACCACCCCCCACGAAGCACCCAACAGCGGUGACGCCACUGCAGCCAUUACCUCCACCGUCAUCCUCGUCUCCCACUCGCCAAAGCCAAGGCUUUGAUGCCGUUCUCAAUCCUUCCGCUUCGUCUCGACGGCUGGCAGAAGGUGUAGCGCCUGCAAAUGCACCCGCAGUCCCACCGACGAUAGUCGUGCCAGCUCCAAUUUCACCACCGCCGCGGCCGCGGCCGCCUCCGUCGCCGCCGCCUUCUCUACCACCGCCGCCGCAAACUCAGCGUUCUUCGUUGGCUCCAUCACCGCAUGUAUAUAUUGCAGCGCCUGCUCCUUCUUUCUGGCCGCCACCUGCGGGGUCAUCGAGUUCAAGCUCUACAGGGCUGGCAGUAGGUUUAUCAGUCGGUUUGUCGGUAGUUUUGCUGCUUCUCGGCAUACUUUACUACUUCUAUCACAAAAGAAAGGGACGUCAGAUUGCCCAACCUGCUGCAGCUUCAGAGAAACAUGACACCGCCGCAGGAGAGGAUCGUGGCACACAGAGGCCACCAAACUCGAGUCCAGGAUCCGAACAUCCAUCAACUCCACAGCAGCUCACCAUCCAAGCUGGUUUCAGCUAUGAAGAACUGGCAGUCGCCACGAAUUUCUUCUCCGAUGCCGAUUUCCUCGGGGAAGGUGGCUUCGGGUGCGUGUACAAGGGGAUACUUAGGAAUGGCCAAGAAGUUGCCGUCAAGCAAUUAAAGCCAGAUAGCAGACAGGGAGACCAUGAGUUCCAGGCAGAAGUCCAGAUCAUUAGUCGUCUGCAUCACAAGCACCUCGUUUCUUUGAAGGGUUGCUGCAUUUCCGGCGCCAAGAGGCUACUGGUGUUUGAAUAUGUUCCUAAUAACACUCUAGAGUUCCAUCUGCACGGAAGAGGUCAACCACCCAUGGAUUGGCCGACAAGACUAAGAAUUGCUUUGGGAUCAGCAAAAGGACUGACAUAUUUGCAUGAGGACUGCCAACCCAAAAUAAUCCAUCGUGACAUCAAAGCAGCAAAUAUACUUCUCGAUCAUAACUUUGAAGCAAAGGUUGCAGAUUUCGGGCUGGCAAAGUUUUUCUUGGAUACCAAAACCCAUAUUUCAACUCGCGUGAUUGGAACAUUUGGGUAUCUGGCGCCGGAAUACGCUUCUACUGGCAGAUUAACUGAUAAGUCUGAUGUUUUCUCCUUUGGAGUGCUGCUGCUGGAGCUGAUCACAGGAAGACCGCCAAUUUUUUUGAUUCGGUCGAUAGAAGAAAGCUUAGUUGAUUGGGCAAGACCUUUGUUGACUCAAGCAUUGAACGACGGCGAGUAUGACGCCUUUGUUGAUCCGAGGCUGAGGAAGAAGUAUGCUCACAAUGAGAUGGGUCGAAUGGUGGCUUGUGCUGCCGUUUGUGUGCGCCACUCAGCGCGACGUCGGCCGCGAAUGAGUCAGAUCGUUCGUGCUUUAGAAGGACUUGUAUCAAUUGAGGAUCUCAGUGAAGGAGCAACACCUGGCCAUAGCACUCUUUCCAGUUAUGGCCAGCACUAUAUGGACAUGAGAAGACCAAAGAACACUUUGACAAGUCACUACAAUGCUGACAGCGAGUACAGUGCAACCACCACUAGCGAGUAUGAUAUGUACUCAUCUGGCACAGCCAGUGAAGGCCGAGAGAAAGGUAGCUCAACUUAGAGUUGUCAGUUGCUUGUAAGCUAUCAUGAAGCUUCUUCCUUUUCCUAUUUGUGCGAGCACAGUAAUCAAUAUAAAUGAUGACACGUAAUAAUGUAAAUAAUUCUUGAGAAUGCCUACGUAAUCAUGUGAUCAAAGUACGUGGACGCGAUGUUGACCGCAACGCCAAUUGCGAGAUCGGGUUCGGAUCAAAUGCGUAAUUCGGAUCAGAUAGUGACCCAAUCCGCUCAAAUUGACUCUUUUCUUCCAUCACAUUCGACACCGUCCCACCUCCCUCAAUUCUCAGCCCUUGGUGUGGAUUUGUGGAUAAGAGCGCUGCUACAAAAGGGUGCGGUUUGUGCGAGGCAACACAAGGUGUGAGGCAGCGGUGUGGCGGGCAACUGAACCCAAUCGAUCGGAGCGCCUCUCGUCGCUCCACGCCUUCACUUUCCUCUGCGCCUCAGGAUGGUCGCAGAAGGAAAGUAGGAGUUCCUUCUUCCUCAGAACCAGACUCUACUUCCUCGACUCGUCUUUCCUUCCUCAGCCCCGGCACACCUGAGAACUCAAUAUGGAUGGCGAAAUGGUAUUUUGAUAGGUUCUUACGGCGUUUCCGGUGCCGUCGUAGCCUUGUUUGAAUGAAAAUUUCAUGUUGGUGGUCUGUCGUUACCUUGUACUCGAUUUAUUUGCCGCAAAAUUUGAUCUUUGUUCCUCUUGAAUUCUAGU